CCAGCAGCGAGCUGGGAUCUGUGCCCAGUCGCAGCCAGGAGCGGCCGCAGACGGAGCGCACCUUGCAGCUGCCGGACGCACCCUGGAGGGCGCUGCGUCCGGCAAAGCUGCUGGGUGGUUGCUCAGCCCCGGCUCUCUUCUCCAGUAUCCCGGCUGACCCCCGCACCCCCAACUUCCCGUGCCCUCGCUGCUCUCUCCUUAGAGGCAUCUCUUUGGGGACCGGCCAGCAAUCCCUCUUCCCCCGGCCCCAGUAGAGACCCACUCCCCACCCCACCUCUGUCCCUUUUCGCGGCUCCUUCUCCCGCGCCCUCAGGCGCCCAGAACGCCACAGCCAUGGGCAUCCGAGGCAUGCUGCGAGCCGCAGUGAUCCUGCUGCUCAUCAGGACCUGGCUCGCGGAGGGUAAUUACCCCAGUCCCAUCCCGAAAUUCGACUUCGAGUUAUCCUCCGCUGUGCCUGAAGUCGUCCUGAACCUCUUCAACUGCAAAAGUUGUGCAAAUGAAGCUGUGGUUCAAAAGAUUUUGGACAGGGUGCUGUCGAGAUACGAUGUCCGCCUGAGACCGAAUUUUGGAGGUGCCCCUCUGCCUGUGAGAAUAUCUAUUUAUAUCACCAGCAUUGAACAGAUCUCAGAAAUGAAUAUGGACUAUACAGUCACGAUGUUUUUUCAUCAGACUUGGAAAGAUUCACGCUUAGCAUACUAUGAGACCACCCUGAACCUGACCCUGGACUAUCGGAUGUAUGAGAAGUUGUGGGUCCCUGACUGCUACUUUCUGAAUAGCAAUGAUGGUUUCGUGCAUGAUGUGACUGUGGAAAACCGUGUGUUUCAGCUUCACCCAGAUGGAAUGGUGCAGUAUGGCAUCCAACUGACCACCACAGCAGCUUGUUCUCUGGAUCUGCAUAAAUUCCCUAUGGACAAGCAGGCCUGCAAGCUGGUGGUGGAGAGCUAUGGCUACACGGUUGAAGACAUCAUAUUAUUCUGGGAUGACAAUGGGAAUGCCAUCCACAUGACCAAGGAGCUGCAUAUCCCUCAGUUCACUUUCCUGGGGAGAACGAUUACUAGCAAGGAGGUGUAUUUCUACACAGGUUCCUACAUACGCCUGAUCCUGAAGUUCCAGGUUCAGAGGGACGUCAACAGCUACUUUGUACCUAGUGUCCUCACCACUAUUACCUCUUGGAUAUCGUUUUGGAUGAACUGUCAUUCCUCUGCAGCCAGGGUGACAAUUGGCCUAACUUCAAUGCUCAUCCUGACCACUGUCGACUCACAUCUGCGGGAUAAAGUCCCCAACAUCUCCUGUAUCAAGGCCAUUGACAUCUAUAUCCUUGUGUGCUUGUUCUUUGUGUUCCUGUCCUUGGUGGAGUAUGUCUACAUCAACUAUCUUUUCUACAGUCGAGGACCUCGGUGCCAACCUAGGCGACGCAGAAGACCACGAAGAGUCAUUGCCCGCUACCGCCUCCAGCAAAUGGUGGUGGGAAAUGUGCAGGAUGCCCUGAUUAACGUGGAAGACGGAGUCAGCUCUCUCCCCAUCACCCCAGCGCAGGCCCCCUUGGCAAGCCUGGAAAGCCUCGGUUCUUUGACGUCCACCUCCGAGCAGGCCCAGCUGGCCACCUCGGAAAGCCUCCGCCCACUCACUUCUCUCACAGGCCAGGCCCCCCUGGCCACUGGAGAAAGCCUGAGCGAUCUCCCCUCCACCUCAGAGCAGGCCUGGCAGAGCUAUGGUGUUCGCAUUAAUGGUUUUCAGGCCAAUGACAGUAUUAUUCCUACCGAAAUCUGCAACCACGCCGAGGUCCAUGGUUAUCCUGUGACCCAUGACCCUGAAGAUUCCGAUGAGAGCUUGAGCUCAGAUGAGGACCAUGGCCAUGGCCCCAGUGGGAUGCCCAUGCUUCACUAUGGCAAGAAUGGUGUGCAAGAAGCAGGCUGGUAUCUUGAUGAAAGCAAUGUCGAGAGCAGUUACCUUAGCCUUGAGGAGCAACUCAGGUGUGGUACUGGCAAUAACUGGGGCCUUAACGAUGAUGAGCUCAUGGCCUAUGCCCAAAAGGACAGUAGCUCGGAGUCUGAGGACAGUAGCCCCCCAAGCCCUGGGUGCUCCUUCACUGAAGGCUUCUCUUUUGAUCUCUUUAACCCUGACUACGUCCCUAAGGUUGACAAGUGGUCCCGGUUCCUCUUCCCUCUGGCCUUUGGGUUGUUCAACAUUGUUUACUGGGUGUACCAUAUGUAUUAGUCUCCCAGUGCCCCAGAACAGCAAGAGCACUGUUCUGUGCUCCUUUCACAGUUUCUUUUGGGUUUGUUUUUCUCUCUUUCCUUUGUUCCUUUUAUUUUAUGGUUAUUUGGGCACUGCAAUUAGUUCAAUACUUCUCUUUAUAAACAUGGGGUGGGGAGUCAUUGGAAAGAACAUGUUCUAACUGGAAGGGACGGGAUUGAGGAGUUGGAGGUAAAUAGCACAUGGAGUCCCCUUCGUGCUAGAAGAGUCUCACCUUUUCGAAAACUUGUAACAAGGAAUAAGCAUAGAAAAGCCCCUGGAAAUGUUAAGAGGACACAGAAGAGCCAGGUCGGGGGAUGGGGCCAGGGUCUGGGCCUUGCCCACAAACAUUUCUCAGGGCUUUUCUGUUCCCCUGAGGUGUCAGCAUUUCUUUUUCACUGUUCUGUUUCCUCCUAGGGAUUAUGGAUCUCACUCACCCUCUGCUUAGGGCUUUAUAGAAAAAAAGUCAAGCUGGGUGGGGCUGGGGUGCACAGAGAAAGGGCUAGCCAUGGCUUGGAAAUUCAGGGAACUGCCUACCGGAAACUUAGGGAGCAUUUGCAAGUGCCUUUCCCCCACUGCAUUUGUUGUGUUUGAGUAUGGGGUUGUGAUGCAAGGGUGGGAGAGGAAUGUGGAUGGGUGAUGCUGCAGAGGGAGACAUCAGGGUGAGAGCGCAUACCCAGCUUGUGGGGUUGGCGGAGUGUGGGUGUGAUGUCAGCUUAGAAAUUACUCAGUUGAGCUGGCCUCUUUGGAGGCACUGGAACUUCUCUUGCCUAUGUUUCUGCUGCAGAAUGUUUGACAGUAGAGACUCAAUACCUCUGUCUAAGUCAGGAGUUAGCCUUCCAUCAGUUGCUGAGUUGAUCACCAGUUACGGCACUUGGUGAAUAAACACCAGGGUUAGGAGAAUUCAGACUUGCUACUUUAUCAUGUGAUCUAGACUAGCAGAUGAAUAUCUAUUGUAAAUCUGUAUACUAAUCUUUUCUAUUUGUUUAGCACGUAAGUGUCCACAAGCUCCACGACCCAUUACAUCACUGAAGCCUCACAUUGUCCCCAGUGUUCCAGGGAAAACGAAUGGAGCUUAUGCCCCAUGCUUGAAGACAUGCAGCCAGUGAGUGGUAGAUCCACCCCACUCGCUCUUUCUUGUCUUUUUCCUCCUGACUCUCAACUGAGACACUCCCUUUUCUUCCCACCCCAAAGGGGGUGCUCCAGAGGGCUCCCACCACAUCUUACGGCACCUGGGGCAUCUCUGCAGGAAUAGGUUGGUGACCAGGCAAUGAGCGUGAAGUGAGCAGAUGGAGAACACACUCACUGCCCAUUGAGCUAGGCCCCUAACGGAAAUAGGAUUGGCCAGCACACCAACUUGCCAAGCAGCUCGACCUCACUGAUGGAGGUUGUGAGGGAGUGAACUUUGCCAAGCUCUCAACAUAUGCCACCCCUUCCUCCCUAUGCAGUCUCUCCCACAGUCCCUUACCCCUCUACCCACUCAGCCUUUUAGCUGUGCUUCUGUGUUUGUGUUUCUGUAUGUGCCUGGAUGUAUGCAUAUGUACCAGGGUGGGUCUCUGUACAUAUACAACCAUUUGCGAAGCUGCAUAGUGCUGUAUCUAGUGGUGUAAAUCUCUACUGGUGUGUGUAGAGUUGUAUCUACAAUGUGUGAAAGUGUGACUUAUGUAUGUGUGUGCGUGUGUACACAUGGGUGUAUGCUGAGUGCAUGUAUAUAAGGGCAUGUCUGCAUAUCUAUGUUUAUCUGAUUUGAAUGGGUAUGAAAGGAAAUACCUCUGAAAGUAUAUAUAUUCCCUGUUGGUGACCCUUCUAGAAUGCUAGAAUUCCCUUGGCCUGUUCCCAUAUGGUGGAGGGGCCUUGUUUGGCCAGGCUGCUUAACUGACUGUUUCUUUCCAAUUUCCUGUUCCAGGGAGCAGCAUCUCCCGGUUUGCUUCCACUCUUUGCCCUGUCCCUCCAUCCACCUGUGCUGUCUCCUAGAUAGAAGACUGAGGAAGUGAAUGUAGUCAUAAGAAGUGGUGCCUUGAGGUAGGAAGUGGUCAGUUCAUGGCGGAAGCUGCAAGAGCAGAGCACUUCACUUUGUACUGGAAGAACAUGUCUGGGGGUAACAGGCUGCAGAGUGAUGCUGAAGGAGGCAUUGAGAAUAGACACUUCCACAAUCACACACACACACACACACACUUCUUGUACAACAGUUAAAAACAAGAAAGUUGCCUCUGGAAGGCUAAAAUUGCCUCUAUUUUUGGAUACCCCAUACAGAGAUUCAGGUUGAGGGGAGAGUAGUGACCCCAUGUCUGAAGCUCCCAGCGCAGCUACUGAAAGGCUGGCUUCUUUGAGCAUAAGCAUUGGUUGCUUGACAUGGAUUUGAGGCUCCAGUACCCUGGAGGUGUUUUCAGCCCUAUGGCAGCAAGCAGUUCAUUUGGGAUAAAUUCAUAAAGGGAGAUUGGAGCAGUGGGAACAGAAAGAGGGUUUUCAGAUUUGUCUGGCAGCAGUGCACAUGAACACUUCACAGCACAGAGGAAAGGCAGCAAGGCCAGUUGUAAAUACCUCUAUAGAUCCAUAUAGAUAGAUAUAAUACUAUACUUUAAAAAGAAUAUCUUGCCCUAACAUGCUGCAAUGGGAGCAGUUGAAUUCUACUGCCACCCGUACUCGUAGGUUAUAUGUCAAAAUGAGGUGGAGAUUUGGCAAUGACACCGUUUCAGGAACGUGAACCUUCUGAAUUUCCCAUGGAUUGGUCAUUUUAGCCUGCACAUUGCCAGAUCUCCCCUUGUUGAGUCUUGUGUGUGGUCUGUCAUCUGCAUCAUUGAGUUCUCAGCUGUCCCCAACCCCUUCUCAGCCCCUCCCCAGCGGGCAGUCACCCCUCGUCUUCCAGCUGGCUGCCUCCAUCCCCUCCCUCUCUGCCUCACACCAAGUAACUCUGGAAGUGCAGAAUGCUUGGUAGUUUGGAGCUUGGGCAGCAUCUGGCACCUUCCAUUUCUUUCCUUCCCAUCAACUUUCUCCCUAGGAUCCCUUCUUCGCCACUGUCUCGGGAAGGAUACCCUGUCUGUUUUUCUGAAGUGUCAUUUCGUUGUGGGGAUAUGUGACACGUUUCCUACCAAGUUCUUGCUGGUUCCAUGUGCUACUGUAGGGUGCCUUUGCAUAGGUCAUGGACGAUCUGGUGGGUCUUAAUGGAGCUUGUCAAAUGUAUUCUUACAAUUCAUGUCAUCUUCUUAAUAGCAGGCUGCAAAGUCUUUGCAUAUUUAGAGCUGAGUUUUGCUGAGACUGUGGCCAUUCCUAAUGAGGUUUCCUCAUUCCACAUACAUAAGAGCUAACCCCUUAGAGCUAUUAACUAAUGAAUGCAUUUAUUAAACUAUCCACUCACAUGGUACCCUGCUGUGGUGAUGAGCAGUAACUUUCUAGCUAUUCCAUAGCCCAGCAUCAAAGGAAAUCGUGACUUGUCCUACUAAAAGUGUAGUGUGUGUGUUGUAUAGUGUUUUGUGAUCAACAUAAAAUCUAUAUUGUCAGUGUUGGGUUUUCAGGGGAGGGAGGGGGAAGGUUUUAAAGUAUCUCCUUGAUAAACUUAAAUUAUGAAAUAGCCCCAGUCAGUCAGAAUCACUUCAAUUGACUCAAUUUGUGUGAGACUUUGCACUCACUAUCUUGCCAGACAGACGCACGCCCAGGGGUCAAUAGUCAUCAGCGGAACUAAAGGUGCCCGAACUUAGCACGACUAGCUGUUGUGCCUGACACUGGACAGUACCGAGGGUCUCUUUGGAGGUCAGCCAAGUUGGUAACAUUCUGUGAAACAGAUGCAAUAGAGUAAAAUCACACACAUGCAGGUCUUCGGGAGUUAUGCUGGGCCCAGACAGUGAAAACCAACAAAAGACGAGAAGGGCCAAGACCUGGGUGUCCUGGAUGACCUGACCCAAAAAGGGGCACAAAGCAGCAGAGCUUCAUAAGGUGACUGGGUGGCUUCUUUGUCCUCAUCAAAUGGACAUCUUUGCAUGGUCCAGGCUUCAACAAAGUAAAAUAUACUGAAAUAAAAUUUUGUGAAUAGCCAAGAGAGUAAAAUAAAUAUCUAUAAUAGCAA